ACAUAUCCGCCAUAACGGAAGUCACUUCAGUCUCGCUGCGGAGUGACAACAAAACAAACGAAAGGGAAACUCAUCAUGUUCAUGAUGAUCGAUGAGCUGAAGACUUGAUUAUGGGGUGUUAAAGGUCUAAUAUGGAUGAUAUGGAGGAUGAUGGUUUGGAAGCGCUUGAUGAUCAUAAUCAUAAUUCACGCGCUCUAUGUUCACCUGUGCAGGUGUGUGUGGAUUCAGACUCGAGCAGUGACACGUGUGAAUCAGACAGCAGUGCAGCAGCGCUCGUGCUUAACUCCAGAUUCCUCAUGAACGCUAUGACUGCAGAAGACUACAGGACGGUUUACUGGCCCAAACUGGAGAGUGCCAUCGAUCAGCUGCUCACUCAAAGCCCAUUGGAUCACAUCUCUAUCUCAUAUGAACAAAUAUAUAGUCAUGUGUAUAAAUGUGUGUGUCAGCAGCAUUCAGAACUGCUGUACAAUGACUUGAUGUGGAAAAUCUCAUCACAUCUGGAUCGAGUCUCUUCAGAGUUGCAGGCCAGUCCACCCGAGUGUUUAAUUGAAAACUUCAAUGUUGCACUCACGCAGUAUACAGCCGCCCUUCACUGCAUUGUUCCAGUGUUUAUCUACAUGAACAAGUUCUACAUUGAAACUAAGCUGAACAGAGACCUGAAGGACGAUCUUAUGAAGCUCUUCUCUGAUCGUGUAGCGGAGAAACACGUCAACACGUUACUACCACUUCUUAAAAAUGCUCAUUCCAUGCCAUUUCAAGUCAAACCAUCAACAAUGGCAAGUGUUGUGAAAGGCCUUUACACCCUCCGACCAGACUGGGUUCCUCUUGCACCGGCUCUGUUUUCUAGCUUCAUUCCUCAGAUUCAUCCUCCCGCUGUUGAAUCUCAGCUCCCGUUUUACGCUGCUCAAGACAAAAAACUUCAGCUGGAGUUGUCAGAAAACGGCUUCUGCAGGGGCGACCAGUCGCGGAAGCGAUCGAGCGAGGAACCGUGAUGGCCGUGUUGAAGUUCGCUUCAUCUUAUUUUAGAAAACAUCUGAGAAAACAUUGCAGAAACACUUCACCUAUACUCAGUUCUAGAAUGGUUUGGGAUUCUCAGUUAUUUUGGGAACUCAGAAAAGCAUUACAAAUCUAUACAGACCUGAUAAUCACUAUAGCCUUCCUGGUGUGGGCAAAGACGGCACAGUUUCUGACCUCUUAGUAUUUGAAUGGCACAUCGAGUUGGAUCUAGAUCUAGAACUAUUUUCAAGAUUUGUUGUGCUUGUUCUGGAUUGAUUUUAUGCAGAGAAAGAAGAUCUUCGUGGUCUUCAAGUUGUGGAUGAAGGUAUUUAAAAUUAAUCUUUAGAUUUACUUUUUGUUUUGGAGUAUGUGUUCUUAACUUUGGAUUACUACUAAAGAGAAGCAACUUUAUGAGCUGUAGUUCACACUGUUUUAAGCUGUUUUUACCAUGCUCACUGUACCAUUUUACCUGAUAACAAUGUGCCUUUCUUCCUUCCAGACUUUUAAGUGGAAUUUGUUAAGUAAAUGAAUCCUAUGAUAAGACAACA